GAUUUCUAAGCUUCCUCCCUUAUCCUCCAUUGGCUAUAUAUUCUUUAUCCCAAAUUCCAAAUUAUCCUUCCAAACGCUAUGUCUAAAACCAUAAGACCAAUCCCACAUACUCUCUAAAACUUUGAGUGCUUUCUAGAUCUCUUCUUCCACAAUUUUCUUUCAUAAGAAAAAAAAAAAAAAAAAGAGCGCAGGCGGUUGAGUUCUUCUCAUUUCUCAAAUAUCAUCUAGCAAGAAGGCAAUCUAUCUCUUCUUGAUCAUUUUCCAAGUAUUGCAUUAGAGGAAAAAAAAGAGGAAAGGAAGAAAGAAAUCCUCCAUUUCUUUUUCAUAGUGUGUGAACUGCGUGUCAUAUUGUGCGUCAGAAAAAAUGAGGAGCAAAGCAAGACAACAGAACAGAUUCUUGAGAAUCAUCACAUAUCCAGCCAGGGCUUUAGGAAAAGCAAGGGAUUUUUACGUGAGAAGCAUUACAAGUUGCAGUGAUAAUUUCGGCCACGGAACCGUUGUCAUGGGCAUGCCCUCAUCAAACUACGCGCCGAGUUUGCCAAGGAGUUAUAGUGCUAAUUCAUCAGCGUCGACUGAUGUAAAUGAUGAUGAUUUAAGAGAGCUGAUUAGAGCUGCUUCAACGAGGACUUCAUCCGAUAAUAUUGACAUCAAUUGCUUGUACCUGCAACAACUAAUUAUGAAGCAGCAAAUGUCAAACUCGGUUGCUGGACCAAAAAGUAUGCCACUAAGAAGUUGCAGCGUCGGCAUGGGAAAGAUUGAUGAAGAAAACCCUUCUGUUUUUGCAUCUGAAGACAACGCGAAUAUGAAGCCAAAAGACGUGUAUCCAAGAAGCAGAAGCCAUGCUGUUAAUAGGAGGAGUGUUGUCUUCUGAUCCUGAUCAUUUUCCUCUAGGAAAGUGGUACGAAUGAGAGCGAUGGAAAGUUUCAUUCUUCAUUCGUUUUGGAUUUUGAUUCAUCUGAUACAAUUUCUCUUAUUCUCCUUUUGUUUUUCUUUCUCUGUCUCUCCUUUUUUAUGCUAUUUCUUUCAGGCUUGGUUGUUUGUACAGGAAAGGCUUCAUCUCUAAAUUGCCAAGUUUCUCUCAUCCUUAAUGGAUGAAGAUUGUUAA